AUGACAAACAAAACGAAGGAAAAAAACAAGGAAAAUAUUUUGGAAAUAGGAUGGUAUGGAGAAUUAGACCGCUAUUUAUCGAAUAUAGUUCCAAAUGGCAUAGUAAAAAUCAAAAAUGGAAAUAGCAUGACACAAUUCGGUUCAGAAAUAAAAAAUAACUAUAUGCGGGAGAUGAUGAAACAAUUGAAGGAAAUGAUGAAACAACAAAAAGAAUUUGAACUUGAAUUAGUGUUAAAAAACAUAAUGAAUCCGUUAACAGCAAAUAAAUUUGUCCUAAAUCAUCCCGUCGUUGCCCAAAGGCUAAARACAGAAAGAUUAGAUAAAUUAAACAAAGAAAAGCCGAAAAAACACUAUCCAGGGUCGUAUGUCAAUGAAUUUGAAAAAGUUCAGUGCAACAAUAUUCCGUCAGAAGUUGAACGAAUGGGCAUAAAAUUCAGAGAACUGGAAUUCGGGGAAAGUUGUGUUUUCGAUUAUUACAAAUACGGCAGAAAUUUAAAACGAAAAAUGAACGAACAUGCCAAAAAAAUAGGAAUACACUUGCCACGAUCAGACUUACAAGUCAAAAUAAACGACUUUAACUUAAAUACAAUGACUAAAAUGAAUAUAAACAAUCUUAAAGACCUCAAAUUUUUCCAUGAAAUGGCAAACAGACUAAUGAAAGAACCCUAUCAAGGCUGUUUUUAG